CGCGCGACCGCGGCUCUUCUCAGCGGACGCGCAGCAGCGAAGCCGCAUAUUGGCCCCGCGUGAGGACGAGUUCAGCAGCCAGCCGCCGCCAGCCAGCUCACACCUGUCAGCAUGAAGACAGCUGCUCUCUUCCUAGUCCUGAGCUGCUGCGCUCUCUCAGCGCUGUCACUGGAUGGGAAUGUAAAGAGAUCCAAACCCUCUGCAACUGUUGUCCCUGCUCAACAGUUUAACUCUUCCCCCUCCACAACUAAACCUGCCACCAACACAACAACACCUGCCGCCAACACAACAACACCUGCCGCCAACACAACAACACCUGCCGCCAACACAACCACCCAUGCCCCCAACACAACCACCCAUGCCCCCAACACAACCACCCAUGCCCCCAACACAACCACCCAUGCCCCCAACACAACCACCCAUGCCCCCACCACAACUACCCAUGCCCCCAACACAACUACUCCUGCACCUACUCCCAGUUCGACAGUUGGAAACUACAGCUUAAAGAUGGGCAAUAAAACCUGUCUGAUGGCUAAUAUGGCACUGCAGAUCCGACUGAAGGCUGGGGCAACUUUCAAAGUUCAGCCAGACAAGACAAAAACAGAAGGAGGGUGUAAAGCAACCACGGCCAACCUCACAAUUGCCUUCAAAGAGGGUUACAUCACCUUCAUGUUCAACCAGAGUGCUGCUGAUAAGACUGUGUAUGUCAAUCAAGUAUCAUUCAACAUCUCCCACAACUUUAUGUCACUUAAUGCGAAUGGCCAGUACUCCGGCAACAAUGCCUCUCUGCAUCUCUUCUCCGCCAAGGUGGGCCGGUCCUACUCCUGCAGGAACGACUCCAUCUUCAUGGGGAAUGACUUGUACCUGGACGUGAGUCAGGACCGGAUACAGGCCUUUAAUCUCACCGCCGACAAAGACUUUGGCCCUCCUGACGUCUGUGAAGCCGACAAGCCCGAUUACAGCGUUGCAAUCGGGGUGGGAGUGGCUUUGCUCGUGCUGAUCGUCAUCGUGGUGGUGGUGUACGUUGUGAGCCGCAGGAGGAGGACCGACGGCUACCAGUCGCUGUGAGCGACUCUGGACACAGGUUGAUAUUUACAGAGGUGGUGAAGCUGCGAUGUUUCUUCACCUCCACUGAAGGUUGCACAGCCUCAUGUGUUCUCUAAUGAUGAAGUUUACUAAAUUUACUGUUAUGAGGAGGGUUUUAUCUACAGGUUUUUUAGUAUAGAGGCCAAAAGAGCUGUUUCGCUUCAUCCAGUUACUAACCUGUAAUAAAUGAGUCAUAAUUGCACUUAAAAUCUGAACUCCAAUGUUCAAAGCAAACAACAACAAGACCUUUAAAGUAACAGAAAAUUCUUCUAUCCUGACCUUUUACACCAAUAUUCUAUUUUAAACAAAAUCCCACAGCACAUUUUCACAAAGCAGUUAAAAUGUUCUUAUUAGUUUGUUGCUCCUAUUGUUGUUGUUUUAUCUUUUCUAGUUUACUACUCACAUUGAUUACAGUUUCAGUUGUGGCUGGUUUAAGUUUAACACUGGUUUAAGUCUGUUUAAUUGAAAGGUUUUCUUCUGUCCCCACAAUCUUCAUGUUAAUUUAGAGCCCAACACCAGAUGGCGCACUGAUCCCAAAAAGCAAGAUAAAUGUACUUUUCAUUUGAAAAAUCAAAUAUUUAAAUUCUCAAAUAGAAUUACUAAAUUUGUGGCAGUGUUGAGUAAAUCUAGUGCCAUAUCCAUAUUCAUUUAAAAUAUUUAUUCAAUAAAUCAUUGUGUAACAGCUUUAUAGUAGUAUUCUUAUGGCAAAGAGGGAGACACUGUGAGACAUGAAAGUAAAACAUAGCUUUUAAUAAACAUGCUAGUUGCCAUUUUUAAAUUGUUGUUAUCCAAUCAUGAAUGUUUCAUGUGAUUAUACUGACUGUGUUUGUAUUGUUAAUCAGCACAUAAGGGACAUGUUAAAGAUUUUUGUAAGGGAUUUUAUUAUGAAAAUCAUCAGUGACAGCGAUUGUUGCUCCAUCUGAUUUUCGUUUUUUUGAAUUUCGAAUGCUUUAUGAAGGUGAUGUUGUCUUCUAAAAUCUAAAGGAAUUUUAGAUGUAUUCUGCUGCGCAUUACUGCCUUAACAAAUACAAUAGCAUUAGUCUUCUAGACAUGAAAACCCGAAUAUAGAGCAUAGCGCAAAGGGAGCUAUUUACACACCAUAAGUGCUUUUUAGGCAGAGUUGCUCAGUCUAAACAAAUAAAACCAAAGCAGUUGUAGUUGGUUAAAUGUAGAGAAAGGGAAAUAUGUUUUAUUGGUUGAACUGCCCUUUAGGAGUUAGGUAUCUUAAAACUGUGCCAGUGUGAGGUUGUCUACAGGUUAUAAAGAAAACGGAAAUAAGGGACCUUGUGUUAUAGUUAUGCACAAUGUGUGAGCACCUCCACCUGUUGUAACCGUCCUGUCUGAAUUAAAACCCAUAUUUUUUAAA